AUGUCAGCCCCAGUCCCCAUAGAAGAAGUCAUGGAAAACCUCAAAAGAAUCCCAAUGUCGCAAGAACGAUUCAACAGUCUCAAAGAAAAGAUCAUCCAAAGCAGAGCGCUCACUGCAUCAGAUGAAUCAGUCAUCAAUCUCCAAAACAUGACUAUGAAGUGUGUUCAAGAUAUCAAAGAUCGUCUCGCAUACAUCACAGAGAGACGCAAUCAAAGGAUCAAAGAAGACAAGCAGAAGAGUCUGGACUUUGCAGCUGCAUUGGCAGAAAGAGAUGCAGUCAAGGAAAGCGAAAAAUGGACCAAGAAGGGUCAAAAGGCCCAUAGGACGAGGAUUGAAGUAUGGAGGGAUGAGGUUAAGCAGCACUCUGCGCUCGAGAAGAAGACCGCAUCUGGUACUGUACCGAAACAACAACCAUUACGUCAACCUUCCGCAAAGAGACCUCAUGACAAUGCAAGCUUGAGCUUUGAGCCAAUUACCGACGCAUCAACACCAGCCAACAAACGUAUCAAGACAGCUACCCCAAACGAUUCUUCUUCUGCAGUCGCUCCACCCACCAGCAGCAGAAAGUCCAUCCCCUGGCUCAGUACUCGUGCCUCCAUGGCCGAUGAGAACAUCUUUGCAGAUGACCAUCGCCCUGUUUCGAAUCAAGUGACUCGGUUCAACAACAAAGAAAGCGCCCGUGACGACCAUGAUGAAUAUGAUCAUUGCGACGACUACGAGGAUGAAAUUGCAGACGAAGAACUCGACGAAGCCGAAGACUCUGACUAUUCUGACGACUCCUACCUGACAGAUUUGGAGCAGAUGUUGACCACAGAAUUGGCAAUGGUGACUGUAUUGACGCUUGCGCUGCCUGGAAUGAUCGAACGAUCUGAUGCGUUCCGGCAAGGUCUUGAGGAGGGUGGAUUUCUCUAA